GAUCCCUAGUGCUACUGCAAUCACCGUCUCGGUAAGACACGCGAACGCGCGCGGAUAGUUUAUUCGUUUGGCCUCCGGUACGGAUCGAUUUCGCAAAAAAAGAACCCUCCCCCGCACUCACACUCAGAGACGUACGCUGCGUGAUAGAGUUGAGGGUGGUGGCGUAUCAGGUUGGAAAGUUUGUGGUUCGUGCUAGCACCUAACUUUUCCAGCAAUAGAAAAUCUCAACACAAAAAUACAAUUAGAAAUGAAGAAACCACUUGUUAAAUAGAGACAACAACAAAAAAAAAACAGACAAAUACGUGCAGCAAAUCAGUACGGCCACUGGCAAACUUGCGGCGAAACAUUAAGUGAAUAAAUAAAUAUCAGCAUGAAAAAAGUGGGUGACAAAGGAACAAUAACUCCGGGAAGGUUACUUCCCUUCCUGCUGUUGUUGGUAGUGCUAUGUCAUAAAAUCGGUGCAACAUCGUCUUCUAUUGAAGAUGAAGCAACAACAAUUCUUAACAAGGAUUACGUGGGCAAAAAUAUAUUGCCCGAUUUAAGUGAGAUCAAGAUGGAUGCAGUUCCGGAACCCCAUCGGGUAGCAGCGGAGCAGUUCAGAGACCUGUGGAAAGAAUAUCUUAACGGGGUUAAGGAUUACGAUGUAGUUAAAGAUAUUCCAUUCACGUUGAUCGUCCCGGAUCGAAUCGAUCGGCUCGCAUUCAAAGGCAACGAGCCACGUGCUCGGGAAUUCCUGAUGGAACACGUCAUACCCGGCGCCUUGAUGGAGAUGAAAGAUCACAACGUGUACGGUAACAUGAAUCGGCACCCGGUGGGCGUGAAUCUGACUUGCAUCAACAUGCUGAUGGGAUACGUGCUCAGGUACAUGACGAAUCAGGAGACGAAAUACGCUGCCCGAUACAACGUGAGCGAUUCGCUGACGAUGGUGUUCAUCGAGGGCAACCUAACGGAGAACAAAGCCGUCAACACCAACAAGCUGAACAAGCGAAAUAUCCAGGAGAAUAACCGGUACAACGAACCUCAACGGUUAGAAAUGAAAAAUGCCACCAAGGAACUAGCUGCGAUCAAGGAGAACCGAAUCGGGCAGCAUUUGAUGAAUUUUCUGUCCAGUUUGAAAUCGGGAGCCAAAGUUUUCCAACAUUUUCUAUCGAACAGCAAUUUAAGUCAGCUGCUGGACGACAGUUCGUACAUGGUUCUGAUUCCAUCGGAUACUGCUUUCCAACGGUGGCAUCCAAUCGACUGGGGCUUCUAUCCGUUCAGUGUGCAAGAGUUCACCGAGAGUGUCCUGAGAAAUCAUUUCGUUCGAGUGCGGCAACCGCUGCGCAUGGCUGAUCUAAGGACCAUAUCCACGGAGCAAAAAUUCAAGACACUCGGCGGAGAAUAUGUUGUACUUAAAGGCAGACCUACUCCGACCGUAAACAACGCCUCAAUUCUCUAUGACUACACUUUAUCUAAUGGAAUCGAAGUGUACAUCAUCUCCGAAGUUCUGUUCGUAUCGGAGGCAGUUGUGUCCCGUCUACAUCAGAUGCACAAGGACAAGGAAACACCCCCGCUACUAGCCUUCCCAUGGUUUGGGGCGCAGUUCCUAUCGCAUUCCUUCCUGGCACUGGAACGUGACAACCGGUUCACUCAGAUAACGCGCUUCCUGAAUACAGCGGAGAUCGCUCAGUACAUAUCCGGCGCCAAUUAUACUUUCUUCGUUCCUACCGAUGAAGCUUUCGAGCGGUACAGCUUCGAUAUCCUGCCGGAUAACGUGCUCGCCUCGGAAAAAGGUAUUAAAUUGUUGCUCAAUCACUUCAUCAAGGGUCGUUUGUAUGACCGUGAUCUUCGGGACGGCGAAGUGAUGGACACGAUCGGUGGUCUACCGGUCAAAAUUCACCGAAACUUCGACAACAACGUUACCGUUAACAACGCCAAAAUCAUCGAAUCGGAAGUAUUCGUCUACAACCUGGGAACCAUGUUCUAUGUGAACGAUGUGCUCUAUCCGGACAUCCUCAAGGACGAAGUGGCCGUCAUAACGGAGAUGAAAAACCCCGACAAGAACAUUCCACCGGACGAUACCGGUGACGUUUACACGACCGAAGGGAACCAGCCAGAUCGGCGUUCGUCGUCGACGACUCAUCGGACAUACUUCACGACGAGUGCCGAUGUGGAAAUUGUCCCACUGGAGAUAACCGAACAAAGUGGCAACGACGACGACUUUUUACUGCAGGACGAUGAAAUUAUUACACCGAAAGCGUUGCCGGUUAAGUACUAUUUUGCACCGAAAAAGUAGAACAUCUCGAUUUUUUGUUUUGUUUGGAGGAAAUGUGAGAUGAAUGGUAACUGUUUGGAUGCAGUAAAAUUUUGAGUGCUGGUGGCGAUGUAAAUCAUUAUGCUAGACUAGGAAAAUCUCCAAAUAACGAACAAUGUCGAUGCGUACAAUGGAGGUAUAAUUUUUCGAUUUCGAGGAAAAAAUCGACGCUGAAUUGGUCGCAAUGAGCUUUCACACUUAUCGAGACAUUCAUGAUUUAUUUUUAAAUACGUUGAGGUCAUUAAGUUUGAUUAUUUUACAUUUGGCACUUCCAGGAAUUACGCUAAAAGGAAAAGAAUAUUCUAGACGAACCAGUUUCGAGAACAAAAACAUUAUUAUCGCACAUUUUGUAAGCUACUCUUUCAACGGAAAGUACUGAGAACUGUAGAUUCUAAACAGCUGACAGAUCGUUCUCGAAGUGAUUAUAAAUGUUGUCUAAAUUAUGUAAAUUAUUCUCUUCUCAUAUUGUUGGAUCAUAUAAAUGUAAACCUUAAGUACGCUGCAGACGAUCCGUCAGAUUCCGUCAAUGGAACGUUCUCCGUUUGUCAAAAUUAGUUUAAUACGUGAACUCAUUACGAGACCCUCGGUGGUAAAGUGUUGUUCAUAAGAAUUCCACAAAAGCAAGCUUAAUGUUCCGUUGUCGCUGCGUAACAGUGACGGAAUUCCGACGAAUCGUUUGAAUCGCACUUUAAACGAUUUAUAUCUAAACAGUCUUCCAGAGAUUUUACAAACUGAAAUGGUGUUUUGGAUAAAUGUUUGAGAUUAGUGAAAAACUGAAUUUGUUUGAACGUUUCGGCAACUGGAAGUUUAUCUAGAUUAGUUUAAUAUGGUUAAUUGGAACAUAAAACUAAUAUCUACAAUGGUAAAUAGAUAAAAAAACAACUUAUCAUUUUCACAAAAUGCCCAGUUGACUAACAUUAAUCAAAACAAAGAUCCACUGACUAGCUUUUAAGUAAUAAGCGACGAACAUUGAAUAAUCUCAUUAGCCUUAAGCAACCAAACUCAAAAAUAUUUAUUUAAUGAAUGAUGGAUUUCUUACAUAUAAAUGUAACUAUAAUAUACAGCAAUACGAACAGUUGGCUACUUCAGUCAGACGGUUCCUAAAUCAAAUAUACAGUAGCACGCUCAAUUGAGAAAACCGAAAAGAUAUUCAAUCAUGACUAUCCAUUUUUCGUACUAAGUUUUGAACAAAAAAUUAAAAGAUUAGUUUUAGAUAUGGUUUGUCCCUUCAGCUAAGAUUAAACGCUAUACAUAUUACCAAUGGUUGUGAACGACCAAGACCACAGAUACAAGAUGUAUAAAGGCUAAAACAGAAUUUGAAGAAACCUCUCCAAUCGAUGUACAUUGUAGCUGGUGGAUUUUACACUUAACUUGAUAAUAUAAGUAUGCUUCCCCUAGCAUUUUCCGGUUUUGUCUAAUUUCAAAUCAGAUUCCCACUGAGACGGUUGUGCCAAUGCGUCAAUUUUCAAAAUAGCCUCCUAAUACACUUUUACGAAAAAAUACUGGCCACCAAGUUUUCAUAAGGGACUUCGUUCUUUUUUUAUCGGGCAAAGAAAUCUACAUUAAGCAUUCUAAGGCUGGGAACCAUUUCGCGGAUAAUUUUAACUUUCAGUUGAAAUCUGACACUUGAGCGGUUAUUUUGUGUCUAGUAGUUAGAUUUUAUUAAAACUGCGGCCCAUUUCAAAGUUUGACGAAUGGAAAGUUGUUUGGGUUUAUUUUGCACUGGAAAUAAUUUUAACUAAAGAAUUGAUAUUAGAAUUUUCUUUGCAAGAUUUUUUUCAGUGUCGGAAAAUAACCAUCGAUUCGUCAAAAAUAACCACGCUUUCGAGCAGGGUUGUUUUUGACAACAUCAAAAUAACCGCUCGAGUGUCAGAUUUCAACCAAAAGAUAAAAUUAACCACGAACUGGUUCACAGCCUAACAGCUUACAAUAACAAAUGCCAAGUCACAUUUGACAUCAAACAGUUUUAAGUUCGAUUCAGACGAUCAGUCAACUUCCGUCAACGUCAGCGGGACUUCACCGGUAGUUUAGAUUAGUUUAAGGUUUUCAUUAUUGAAACGAAUACACAUUCUGGACGUAAAAACGUUCCGCGAGCUUGACAUAGCUUGUUAAUAAGUGUUACAAACAGCUCCUUUCCAUGGACAUUCCUUGUCGGUAACGAUUGCCUAAUAUAGCCUGUGAAUCGCACUUUAGCAUAACAGCAUAUGAUGUUUGUUUUCAUUACAAAAUAUCGAACGGUUUUGAGUUCUAGCCAGUUCUUUUUUAGUUUCAAUGGUUUGCUGCAAGGGUGUAAAAAGCCCAAUAUACUUCGUGAUGAAAACAAAUCAAUAUGUAAGAGCAAUUCACACGUGGCAUCUGGUGACUUUCACUGGCAUGAAACGAUUACGAUUACGACAUUAAUUGUAAGCAAUUCUUAUGGAGACACACAACGUCAAUACCACGGAACAAUUUGGCUAUCGGUACAACAUCCGGUUAAAACGAAUUAUUAAAUUAAUCUUGAUGUCGUCCGAAGUUGAUUUUUCGUGUGAAUCAUAUUUAAUUCUGGCAUUUCCUGAUGAAAACAAACAAAUCUUAAUUGCAGUUUUGGUUGUAAAUGAACUAUCAUAAAGCCUAAUAAUUUCAUUAGUCCAGUGUUUCCAGAACUAUUAACAGCCAAUAAUGCGAGAGGAAGCAUAUUUGAUAUUUUCUUGUUAUGUCUCACACAAUUCAAAGGCAUCUCAAAUCUAUUAAAGGCAUAGUUGUUCACUACUACAGCACAACAUUUGUAAUAAUUCUACAUAACAUAUUCAGAUAAGCCACCUACACAUAUUUGUUCCAUGUUUUAUGUUCGAUUGUUCAAUCUAAAAAAAUAUAUUGGUAUUAUCCAAGUACAAGUACCUCUUAUCUGUGGCCUGGUCUACAGCUCGGCACUGUUUGUUUGAACGUUUGGCUAUUAGGCUGUUGUAAGUUGAGUUUUUAUAUCAGAUAUCGUUGUACGUGUGUAAAGUCAGGAUUCAUUAUGAUAUGUUUAAUAAAAAAACACAAACUGA